CGGCAGUUCGCGCACACAGGUAUGUAGGGCGGUCGUAAAUCGCGUUUAAGGGUAGAGAGUGUCUUUCAAAGUUCAUUGUAGCUGUCACAUUUCAUCUAAGGAUUUCUAAUAUUACCGUUUCCUUUGCAUUUACCGAUAAUAAACGUUUACAUAAUUGUUCAUCGCACGAAGUACGUCUUUUUAGUUCGAUGUACUGUUUGACGUCUCUAGGGGGAAUCACCGGUAAGAUUACCUUUUGAAGGAACUAGUCUCUCUGUAGUUCGUAGUCGUGUUCAAGAUCGGGUUGUGACAGUUACUAGUUUACGAUGCUAUAUUUUAAUGAGGCUGUUCAAUGACGAUAGUGUUAUUUUGCCAUCAGCUUGCUCACUACCGUAGAUAAGUUUCUCUUGCUUUUGUAUUACCAACGUGGAUUAAUGUCUCGGGUGUUGCGAGUAUCUGGAUGGUGCUGCGUUCUUGUGUAAGGGGAUCGUAUUGCAAGCAGUCGUUUUUGCGACAUUGAUGUGUGGUGUCGCAGUCUCAGGUGAGAGUAUUGUUCAGUAAGAGGUGAGCGAGCGUGUGUGUAAGUGAAGUGUUUAUCCGGUAAGUGUCCGUGGCGUAUUCUGUGAACCAUGUACGCGAAUGACAACAUAAGAGCACUCCACUCUGCGGUAAGAGCGGGCAGUUUGCAUGAUGUCAUGGAAAUUCUGGCGAAAGGCGCAGACGUCGAAGCCGCAGACAUUUGCAAGGUACGAGCAGUUCAUAUUGCUGCGGAGCAGGGCCAUUUGGAUAUUCUUAAAGCGCUUAUCGCACAGGGCUGCAAUGUAAAUGCACAGGCGUCUUGCGUUACGCCUUUGUUUAGCGACGUGGAGCAUGGUCUGACGCCGUUACAUUUAGCAGCAGCAAAUGCUGACCCAAACCUCGUACUCACUUUGAUCAGUGCCGGCGCUAAUGUUAACGCCAAGAAUAGUUCCAAAGUGUUUCCACUGCACAUUGCCGCACAGCAUGGACAUUUGGCCGUGGUGAAGGCACUAGUUUCAGCGAAUGCAGAGGUAAAUGUCGAGGACGACAAAAAAGUCACCCCUUUAAUUUCUGCUGCGGCGCAGAACUUUGAAGACGUAGCCAAAUUUCUUGUACGUAGCGGUGCUGUAGUCAAUGCUAGAAAUUCAGACCGUUCGACACCAUUGCAUUUCGCAGCAGAAAAGGGAGACAUUGACAUAGCAAAGUUGCUGAUCCACAACAAGGCCGCGAUUAAUGCAAAGAAUCUGAAAGGCUUCACACCACUUCAUGUGGCCAUACAAAACAGACAAGCCGCAGUAAGCGUGUUUUUGAUUAACAGUGGAGCAGAUGUGAAUAUGAGAGAUAACGAGGGUUGGACCCCUUUGCUUAACGUGGCACAGAGCGGAUAUCCAUCAGAAACUGCCAAACUGUUGAUUGCGAAAGGUGCUAGCGUGAAUGCGAGGGACAGGACUGGUAGAACACCCUUGUACCUCGCUGCAGAGAACGAUUUCACUGACAUAGUGAACAUCUUGAUCGAAAGCAAGGCUGACGUUAAUGCCACUACCGAUCAAAUGUGGACGUCGCUGCAUAGCGCAGCUUACGAGGGCAAUUUGGAUGUUAUAAAAAUUCUUAUUGCCAGUGGUGCCAAAGUGGAUGCGAGGACCUACAAGCGGACUACACCACUGCAUUUUGCUGCAGACUAUUGGCACGUCGAAGUAGUUAAAUACCUCUUGGCAAAAGGAGCUGAAGUUAAUGCACCCGAUCACACAAACUGGACGCCACUUCACUUUGCAGUGGAUGAGAGUUCCACCCAAGUCCCUCUCAAAACGUCUGGACACUCAGGUGCACAGCCGCAGGACUCUAAACUGAAUACCAUAAAAGCUCUCAUUGAAAAUGGAGCAGACAUAAACUCAAAGGGAAGCAACGAUGAAACAGCACUGCUCCUAGCUAUAAAGUAUAGCGAUUCAGCAACUGCUAGGUAUCUACUAGAGAACGGUGCAUAUUAUGAUGCGACGAACAAGACUUACCGUGGUGACGUUAUUACUCUUCCACAGAUUGCUGUGCUAAAAAGAAAUGAGAACAUGAUUGCUUUAUUCUGUGCUACUGAAAAGCUGUUUCAAGCUGUAAAAAAAGCCAAGAUUGCAGAAAUUGAAAAAUGUGUUCAAGAAGGGGCACCAGUCAACAGUAGAAGUAUCAAGUAUGAAACACCACUUAUGUAUGCAUCCUGGAAAGGACAUUUAGCCGUUGUUAAAGUUUUGCUUCAAACUGGGGCCGAUAUUAAUUUGAGCACCAGUAAUGGAAUUACUCCUCUACAUUAUGCAGCAAAAUUUGGGCAUCAUGAUAUACUGUGUACCUUAUUGCAGCAUGGUGCAGUAUACAAUGCAAGAACCAAGAAAGGCAAAAAAACACCAUUACAUUUCGCCCAAGAAGGAGAAAAGAAAGAAGUUGCAGAGACCCUAGGACUAAUUGAAUGUAUGUUUAUUAGAAUAAGUAAAAAGGAUAACACAGUGCUAAAAGAGUUAAAUGAAUUAAAGGAAAUAAAAUAUGCUGAAUUUCUUGCCAUAAAAAACUGCAAAAAUGUAAAUGAAGAAACUGUGAUGCAAAUAGCUUCCAAAAAUGGAUAUGCGGAACUUUGUAAAUUGUUUUCUAGUUUGUAAUAUAGUAGAGUACUUGUUUAUUACUCAUUUAUAUCAGUGAAUGGUCUGACAAAAGCAGUUAAUGUUACAUGAUGUGGUAUUGAUUUUCCAAGAUUUUGUAUACUAUCAAAGGAUAUUUUACUGUUGUAAACAGCAAAGUAGGAAUCGUCAACGGAUUCACAGAAAAUAAAAUUGCUUCCAGUGUAAUUACAAACUGUGUACAUUGAAGAUGUUUAAAUGGUUAUAUUUCACUUUAUUCUUGUGAUGGUUCAUUGAUAAAUAAUAAAGUUAAGGUUUCCACAUCUGUCACUGCUUACCAGAUUCCUUUGUAUGCCACAGUGUAUCAGUACCUGUACUCAUGUUUGAGCAAGUUGGGGUUAACUGGACCUAUUUUAUUCUUCCCUUCAAAUCUUACUUAAAAAUUGUCUUUUUAAAAUUUUUAUUAAUGAAUUUGGUGAAAAACUUAUACAAAAUUUAUAGGUGCUUUCAUUUUUGCAUUAUCACACACAGAUUUUACAGAAUUGGAGAAGAACUUUGACCUGUCUUUUGAACUGUUUAACCCGAGUGGCUGUGUUAACUGGACCAUAUGUCACGGUUAAAUAGACCUCUUGGUUAAAUAAAUGAAUUACAGGAGCUUAAAUGCAAAAUGUUGCUCUGACAACAUUAAUAAAAAUGCUAUACACACAGUUAUAAGUAUAUUAAUGAAAAAAAAUUGUGGAAAUAACAAAACUAGUGCACAAUUAAUUUAGCAUCGUUAAUCUGGAACCAAAUCUCGUUUUCAUAGUGAGCUGUAGAACCACGUAUUGGAUUGGGUAGUUUGGCAAUUAUUUAAUUUCAAGCAAUAAAGGUAUCAUUUUCUUCUGCAAUUUCAAAUAUUGUAGUGGAAACAGCUCUAUUAAAGAAAUUUACUUCACAGCCAUCAUUGUACAUUUUAAAGUAGAAAAAAGUAGAACAAAAAACUGCCGAAGUGGUCACAAUUAUGUUGCUCAAGUAUUUGAGCAACAUAAUUGUGACCACUUCGGCAGUUUUUUGUUCUACUUUGCCUACUAUGAACUCCCCUUCUUCACUGUUAUGUCAUCUUCAUCAUCACUUGGCUAGAAGUCAGUAUGGGAGGAAUCAAUGUACUGGACAUAAUCAGCAACUUCAGAGUUGCUGUUGCUCUCUUCCAAUACUUGGCAUUUGGCUGAAUGCUUUACUUCAUUUAAUGUGUGUAUUUUGGAAGCUGCUCUGAUCUGUCCUUUACUGCUGCAUCUAACUGUUGUUUAACUAGUGUACUGGUACAGACAGUUGACUUCCCAUUCUUUCUACCUCUUGUUGUUGUCCUGGCACCAAUCUUAGAAUAUGGUCAAACUAUCACAGGAUGUGUAAUAUCUGUUUGCUUAACUUGUCUGAUUUCCAGUAUUCUGCACACUGCCAUCUGAUUUGCUAGCACUGUCUGUCAGUGAGUCAUUGGCUGUUUGUUGCUGACUUGGUAGAGGUCUGUGCAUUGCAUUCGAUGACAAAAAAAUUUUGAUCGGUAAAUACGUUUGAAUUGGAAGGUUCAAUACCACUGAUAUUUUUCAAGAUGUUAGAGACAAUAAAAGCCAAAAGGUAUGCUAUGCCUGCAAGGCUGCAAUGCCUUAUAUGAUAAUUCCGGGGUCACUAGCAAGUGUUCCUAUGAAGUUACUCAUUAUAUUCAUUCAUCAGCAACUUUCCACGGUUAACGUAACUGUUCCAUCUAACCCUAAACUUAACUGGUCCAGUUAAUCUCACCUUCACUUUAUCAAACAUCUUCAGAAUAGUGGGAAAAUAUGUCCUUGCACAGAUUAUAUUUCAUAGAGUAUCAUAAAACCAUUAACACUGAAUUUAACUCAAAGAAAAAAAUGUGUACUAUUGAUAAUUAAAAUUUUAGGAGAAUUUGUUAGAUUACACAUUUUUAUAUAUAUAUCUGCGAAUUUAACUAACAUACAGCAGCCAUAUAAGUUCAAAUAGGUAGUACUUCCAAACAAAGGAAAUAACUAUACGUGACAUAAUUUUCCCUCUUGAAUUAUUAACAUGAUCGUCCUGUUAACUCCAAGGUUCAGAUAACCCCAACCUCUUGUAGCAUUUAUCACUAAGCAUUCUCUAAUGUGACAUAUUUCAUAAGCUCAGUAUCUAUAUUUAUGUGUAAAUUUUCAUAAUAUAUAUGUUUUUAGUAGGGGAAUGAUACUACCUUAUCUGUCAUAUCUUUAUGUAUUUUAUGUUCUCUCUUCUCUCUCACUUCACUGUUAGAAGCAUGUAAAAAUAAUCAGUUAGUCAAAUAUUUCUUUGAAAUCUCACAAAGCCUAUGAUUUUCUGAACAGUGCAUGAAUUAUUCAUUCCAUUAACUGUGAAAAAGGUGUUUAUGAUGUUGACAUUUCAGAAUGUAUGAUGCUUCAUGUUUAAGAUGUAUUGCAAAAUAAUAAAAAUAGAUUCCCUGUAUUAAAAUAACAAUAUUAGAUCCUGAACAGAUAUAUACUGUAGCUGAUAUUUAUAAGUCAUAUGCAUUUCAUCAUUCUCAUUUUAAAAUUCAGUAGUUCUGUAAAGUCUUUCAAUAAUUGCUGUAAAAUUUCUGUAACUUACCUGGUUUAUGAUAUGUGGGGAAUAUGUUUCAAAUAGGCACAGUGUAGCCUUCAAACUAUGCUGAAGCUACUAACUUUUUGUAAAGUGCAAGGUGAUGGUUCUCACAUCAUAAAAGCAAAUAAAAAAUCAAA